AUGAGUCUCUCCAUUCAGGAUAAUCCUCGCCCAGCAAUAAGAGGGCAGACUCCCCGUACAGCGAGUAUAUCAUCGACUCCCUUUACCGAGAGCCCAUUGUUAGCAACGCCGAAGGCCCAAGAAAAUACCUUAUACAGCCAGCCGAAACCCCCAAUACUCUCGCCACCCCAAAUAUACAGUCCAGAGAGACCAUUUAGUCUUAGUACGCUAAAUUCAAGGACGUCAAUCAGUAGUCAAGCUGGUGGCCUUGGAUUUCAUCCCAAUGGCACGAUCACUUCGCCAGGCUCUAGCAACAGCUCACCAUACACCGUUGCUAGCAGUGUAUAUCAAACGGCCAGUAGUACUUCUUCUGGAUCAUCUGGCCCACCCAGAGGUUCUUCUAUGUCCAAUCCCAUUGUAUCACAGUCUACAGCACAGACGAGUGGAUACCUGGCACUGUUUAACCAGUUUGCCGCACAAAGGCAUCUAACCCCUGACUGGUCAACGGAGAGUGCAGGUCCUCCACACCGGCCAACGUUUACUGCUAAAGUCACCGGCGAUGCUUUCGACGACGAUAGCCAAUGCCUACUGGAUAGGAUUUACCUCAUCGAGUUGGUGACGGCAUGCGAUGCAAUAUGCCCAUCUCUUAGCAAAUCUACGAAUGCCAGAAUGGGUCAAACUCAAUCACCAGCUGAUCCUUUCAAUUUCGAAUGUCCAUCAUGUUCCAGUAUGAACCAUUACGACCGACAAACCGGAGAAAUCACAUCCUCUGAUGCUGCAAUGUACGAUACACAAGCAAAUAUGUCUUCAUUUUCCCGUAAAGUAAAGCCUUGGGAGGCUGGCUCGACGCAAAUACGAAACAACGAAUUGCUUCGAGAAGACCUAGUGCUCCUGCUCGAAAUGGAUCCAUUGUCAAGCAGCAGCGCGAAAAGCCGUGGCAAGUUCGGUUAUGGAUGCUGCAAG